AUGGCAGGAGCAAACUCUGAAGGUAUUGCUUGGUUCCCUCGAGCAGCUUUAAAAUGCUGGGGCUUUGACCCAGAUGAUGCCAAACAGUUCUAUAGUCAUAUUCUACUCGAGAUAGUUUCCAACUCUUAUGUCGAUGAAGGCUUCGGUGCCCCUGAUAUUCCUUGUCGCGACAUCAACCGCUUAGGAAAGCAGAUUCUCAGUAAACCUGUACGAAAGACUUAUGUCCGUUACAGAUAUAUGAACGCUAUGGCCGGCAGCACUUGCAUGGGUACCAAACGACAAGAUUCUGUCGGGGGUACCGAUGCUUACUUUCAAAUUAGUGAUCAGAGCGGAAAGAAUGAGGUUGGGCUUUGGCCAUGCCUCAUUCCUACGCUCGACGAACAGUUUCUCUGGGUAGAUUUGUCUUAUCCACUGAGAUGUAUCUAUAUCCCGCUAUGUCAAGAAGCGCAUAAAAGAUACCCUGGUCUGUGCACGUACACUCGGGUAGCAAUGCAUCUUUAUAGUCCAACCCUAAAGAUCUACAGAUAUAUCAAGCUCGACGAGGAAGAACUUAUUAGAGGGAAUUACAAUCUUCUUAACCGCGAAAAGGACUACGCCAAACAGAUCGAUACUCUUAAUAGAGGUAGUGUUGGCCAGAAAAUGAGAGAAAGAGAAGGUCACACGCUGAAAUCGGAGUUGACGAAAUUGGCACACCGAAUGGAGCAUAGAAAUCCGAUAACAAAGCUGCCAAUUACAAAGGAACCCGGUGUCUUUGGCGCCGAGAAAAGGAGAGAACAAGGAAUCUUCGGUGAUGACUUUGAAGUGAUGAAUCAAGCAGGUCUCGUUCAACUUGACAGGUUGAUCAUUAGCCAAUACGGCAUCAGUGUUACUUACCAAGGAAAUGGGUACGACAAAGAUUGGAUUGUCAAGUGCCUCAUGGGUAUUGUGGCUGUGGGUCUCAGCCGUAUUCUGAUGAUUGGACCUUUAGUUGCUUUGGGGUCUCAAUUGAUCACAGAUGCUAUCUUAGACCCAGAGUUUUUCACAACUGCACAAGAACUUGUUGCCAAAAUACCAGAUAUUACUCAGCCUUCGCAUGUGCUGGCUUUGGAGGGUGACGACAAGCAGGGCAGAUCAAUUCAAGUUGGGCCUGAUGCUAGUAAUAGAGGCGGAGGGAGUGGUCAAAGUGAUAAAAAGGUUGAUACAUUGAUCAACAAUGAUACUUUUGAGAAUUUCAACGAUGAGCCUGAGAAGAGUGGGGAGGAGGAAAACGAUGGGAAGGAGGGCAGUGAAAUCGAUGGAGAUAAUACUUCUGAAGAUGGGGCCAAGCAUGACCCGGAAAACGAGGCAGAAGAGGGCGAUGAGAAUAAUCAGGAAGAAGAGGGAACAAGGAGUAAUGAGGAGGGAGAGGAGGGAGAGGAGGGAGGAAGUGAAGUUCAGGUAGGCUCUGAUGGGGAAAAUGGGAAAAGUCAGGAUGAGGAAGAGGCGGAAGGAAGUGAGGCUCAGGUGGGUUCGGAUAAUGGGGACAAUGAGAAAAGUCAGGAUGAGGGUGGGAGUGGAGCGAAUGCCGUUGUGGAUCAAGAUGACGCAAACAGCAAAGAUAGUCAGGAGGGAGAUGAGAUUUCUAAGAACGAGGCUUCUGAGGAAGAUCUUAAAAGCGAGGACGAUGGUGGAGAAAAUGAUGAUAAUAAUGAAGAAGAGAACGAGGGAAAAAAUCAGGAAGCUGAAGAUGAAGGAUGA